UCAGGAGAAGGAAAGCAUGGUUUGCUCGUCGACUUAUCAUCGAAAUUUUGUAGUUCCUUUUUUAUAACGCUAAUCGCAUGUGCGAGACUGCGAGGUGACUGGUAGUGAUUUAGACUUCAGACUGAGUAAAUUACAGUGCUGGUAAAUAUGUCAUCUGCAGGCAGUCCCGAGUCUGAGUGUCUUUAUCAAGGGAAACCUGAAGGGGCAAUUAGAAAAUGUCACCGUCUGAGCAGCAAAGCUGACUACUUGGAACAAUGUGACAAGUUGGAAGAAGCCAAGGCUUGUCACCAGCAAUCGUCUCAAGCCUUGCAAGCAUACCUUAGAACCCAAAUAAGUGUAUCUGCAAGACAUCAGGUUGAAUUACUAAUUCGGAGACACCAAAACCGCAUCUUAUAUCUGAAGAAGCGCCUAGAAGAGCAGCAAGGUGAUGCUCAGGGCGAGCUGUCAGUCAGCAUCAAGGAGGCGCAGGAUGAACACGUCCGCUUCUACUUCUCCCAGAACCCUGGCCUGCUUCAAGAUUUUAAGAGAUCACAAGUGCAGUUCAACAACGCCAUGGAGCAGCUACAUCGGCUGGCUAGGCCUGAGGACAUCACAAGAGAAGUAAAGAAUCGUCUGCUAUUCAACACAGACAAUGUUGAACCUUCAACAUCUACAGAUCAACAUUCAACAGAAAAAUGCCCGCAGGAUUUCAAUGAAGAACCAAUAACCAAGGGCGCCUUGGCUGGUGGUAGCUUUCCUCGUUCCGAUGAGGCUUGCUGUGCCCGUGCAUUUAAGGAUAAUUCAGGAACAAGUUCGGAAGAAAAUUCCUCAUUAGGAAAUAAAAGCUGUGAUAAAAAUAAGACCGAGUCUAGAGCAGAUGCUCUUUGUUCUGAAGGCUGUCAUGAUGGUAAAUCAAGUCUGUGUUCCAAGCUUAGGAGUGCGGAUACCAAAUUCCAUGAUAAGAUUAGACAAGGAUUACCAGGUCCAGAAGAGAAAGAAUCUGGUGUAGUCAAAUGCUUUAGGAAAGAGUUUGUAAGAGAGAACAAAACAAGUGAAGAAAAAUGUAUCUUAGAGAAGCAGUGCUUCUCAACAUGCAAGGAAAAUGAAUGCACUGAGAAUAAGUGUAGUGGGAAAAAGUGCUACGAGGAUAAAGGCUCUGAGGAUAAGUGUGUUGGGAAAAAGGGUUUUGAGGAUAAAUGCACUGAGGAUAAGUUUAUUGGGAAAAAGUGCUACGAGGAUAAGUGCUCUCAGAAUAAGUGUAGUGGUAUAGUAUGCAGGCAGUGUAAGAAGAGCCUCGAGACUCGCGUCACAGAAGAAGGGCUCUUGGUUCGUCUUGUGUCGGAGCUGCCGCUGCUGUGGAGGGCUAAGGACAGGAUGAUGCACGCAGUGCUGGCCGACUACUGCAGGGUGGCGAAAGCCAGGAACGAGCUUCAGCAGCAGACCCAGCAACUGACGAUGCAGCUGGAGCGCGCUCGCCAACAGCUGCAGCAAUUCUCGAGCUCCAUGCACUCCAUGAGCGACCCGCUGCAGGAGACUCAGGAUUUCAGUCUCCACGAUACCUCAGCGAACUCCUCGGACCAACGCCGGCACGCAGCCGCCCUCAGCGACGAGCUUCUUUGCGACGCUCUGGAACGAAAUUUCUUGGGCAAGUGUCAGCAGAUUGACAGCAACGAGGCUGUCUCGAGGAGUGUCAGGAAUGCUGUCAACGACCAAGAAAUGCGUGGUAGGAAUGCUGCCAACGACCAAGAAAUGCGGGGUAGGAAUGCUGUCAACGACCAAGAAAUGCGGGGUAGGAAUGCUGUCAAUGAUCAAGAAAUGCGGGGUAGGAAUGCUGUCAACGACCAAGAAAUGCGGGGCAGGAAUGCUGUCAACGACCAAGAAAUGCGGGGCAGGAAUGCUGUCAACGACCAAGAAAUACGUGGUAGAAAUGUAAACGGACGAGAAAUUCGUGGUAUGCAUGAUGAAAAAAAGAACAUCAGUAACGGCUCUAGGGAUACAAGCAAGUUAACUGAAAAUUCUUUGCUCUACCAAACGAAGCAUGAUGCAGAUGAAGGAUUUACGAACUCAUCCAUACGCUGGAAGAACGAGAAGAGUGGACAUGUGGUGGACGACGAUCCGUGGCUUUCUACAUGCGGGAAAAAUGACAGAAGUGGAAUUUCAUUACGCGGCUGUGAUGAAGAACUUUGGUUUUCUAUGGGCGCGGCAGAUGAAAAAUUAGCUCCACUAAAACAAGAUUUUGAUGACAAAUAUGGCGUCGGUGAUGGCUUGUUGAACACAUAUUCAUCUCAUCACGCUUUUGCAGGAGACAAGUCUUCAAGUAAUGUUAGAAACAAACCAGGCAAUACGACCAACACUAAAGAAAAGGCGAGAAGAGACAAAAAUAGCGGAAGAUGCAACACUUCGUCCGUGGCCGCCAGUUGCUUGGAUGCUUGCGAUUUGCCUCCUUGGAAAUCUAAUGAAUAAUCUUUUGGUGGGAUAGUGUAAAUUGUGCCACUGAGGAACACAAUUGUGUUCCUCAACAUAAUACAGGAUACGUAGGAAAAUUUUAAUAUGGUGGAAAUUGGUCAAUUGUUGUGCCACCCACCACCUCCAAUCAGUGAUUGUACUCAGAAAUUAUCGUUGAAUCUUUUAAGCGAAACUUGCUACGUUCAAUAAAGUUUGAAGAAUGUUUCCAAUAAAGUUUGACCAAUGGUUUCAAUAAUGUUUGACCAAUGGUUUCAAUUAAGUUUGAACAAUGUUUUCAAUAAAGUUUGAACAAUGUUUCCAAUCAAUUUUAACAAUGUUUCCAAUCAAGUUUGACCAAUGGUUUUAAAAUAAUUCUUUCCUCGAGCCCGCCAAAUCGGUGUUUUAAUAUUUAUUUAAGACUAAAAUUGACCUGCUUGACUUAAAUGUCGAUGAAUUCGUAUCACUGCAGUGAAAAUAUAAUUAGUUAUCCGGCACCCAAGAUAUUAUUCAUCAUGAUCAACGUUCGCUUAUAUCGUGUUUUCUCAAUCGCUCUGUACUUCUGUCGCGCUUCCUCAAUUUCCUUAUAUGAGUAUAGUAUAUAUUCAUUCACUUACCGUCACGCAGGUGUAUUUAGGUCUUCGUUAUUGAUUUUUUGCUUAACACAUUGAGUGCGGUACGGUAUGCAAUACGCAAUGAAUACGACAUAGCCGAACUUAACGUGAUAAAAGUAUUGUACUAUGAAGUGAAAAAUUGAGAACAAAUGUGACUUUUUUCGUGACUACGCCGAUGAUCAAGUGAACAUUUUGUACCAUGGGAUAAUCGCUUCUAUUAUUAUUAACUGUAACUAAGAACCCCAAAAGUUGACAUCGAAUC